CGGCGGGGCGGGCAGACGGAGGACCGGCAGAAGGGCGACCCAGAGUGCGGGGAUGUGACCGCGCGGGCAGAGAACUCGAGCUCUCCGCCGGGCGGCCCCGGGUUUGAACUCAGGACCUUGUGCUUGCUAGGCAAGUGCAGUACCACUUGAGCCGUGCUUCCAACCCUUCAACUAAGACUCUGAGUCUAAGCUUUUCAUAAAGCCUGACUCCAACUUUGUGCUACGCCCUAACCUAAGCUGCAGUUGAGGUGGGGACAAUAGUGGCCAAAAGCAGCCUCCACGCAAGGUGGAGAUCUGGACUUAGUAGAGAAGGCUGUGGAAGGAGGUAGCAUUCAACCUGAUGGAGUGUGGAAACCAGCUGAAGAAAAGAGACAGGUCCCUGCCCUUGGACACCCAACUCUGCCAGGCCUGGCCAUGGCACUGUGCCUAAAGCAGGUGUUUGCCAAGGACAAGACAUUCCGGCCCCGGAAGCGCUUUGAGCCGGGCACUCAGCGCUUUGAACUCUAUAAGAAGGCACAAGCAUCACUCAAGUCUGGACUAGACCUACGCAGUGUAGUGAGGCUGCCACCCGGAGAGAACAUCGACGACUGGAUCGCUGUGCACGUGGUAGACUUCUUCAACCGUAUCAACCUCAUCUAUGGUACUAUGGCUGAGCACUGCAAUGAGACCAGCUGCCCAGUAAUGGCUGGUGGUCCCCGAUAUGAGUACCGCUGGCAGGAUGAGCGCCAGUACCGGAGGCCUGCCAAGCUUUCUGCGCCACACUAUAUGGCAUUGCUCAUGGACUGGAUCGAGGGCCUCAUCAAUGAUGAGGAUGUCUUUCCCACACGUGUUGGAGUUCCCUUCCCCAAGAACUUCCAGCAGGUCUGCACCAAGAUCCUGACCCGCCUUUUCCGAGUCUUUGUCCACGUCUACAUCCACCACUUUGACAGUAUCCUCAGCAUGGGGGCAGAGGCGCAUGUCAACACCUGCUACAAGCACUUCUACUACUUCAUCCAGGAGUUCAGCCUGGUGGACCAGAGGGAGCUAGAGCCCCUGAGGGAGAUGACAGAGCGAAUCUGUCACUGAGCCCAGACCUGGACAUUGCUGCCCAUCAGAUGGACCAUCUGAAGACAGCAUGGCUACAGGAGGGGACCCUUUGGAAUCUGAUGGUAGAGAAAUCUAAAGGCUCCUAGAACCUCUCCACAUACCCAGUGCCUCUUGACUUCUGGCUCUCAGAAGUCUGCCUAUGUGACCCUCUGAGUGCUUGUGAAUGGAAAAGGGAGGGCUUCAAGUAGGCAACAGAGGAAAGAUGUCUAGGAGUGAGGUAGGCUACCACAUUUAUUCUCUGAUACUUGAGACUUCCCUGGUGGUCCCAAGCCUAUUUGGGAAAUGUGGAUGUGGCUGAGAUGAUGUCAAGAAAGGUGCAAGAGAGUGAGUGCCUAUGUAUGAGUAAGCAGAGAUGCCUGUGUGUCUGUGCCUCUGUGUGGUGUGUGUGUGUUUGUGUGUGUGAUUUUGACUGUGUGUGGGGUCUAGAGCUAGACCCUCCCUGGCACAUAGUAAACCUUCCAUAAAUGUUGGAUGGAUGGAUGGAUGGAUGAAGAGGUUGGGACCCUCAGACCAUGACCACUGUAAAAGUAGUGACAUCUCAGUAUCCCCACUCAGGAUAUCUGAUCAUGUGUGUAAAUGCACAAAAUGUGGCUGUAGAUGUAGUUCUACAGUUAAACCCUCCAGGCUUCCUAUUAACAUGAGUCCUGGGAAGCGGGGUGGAGAUUGGAAGGGGGAAACUUACCCUGAGUUCCUUAAACCCUUGACCCACCACACAGGUGGUUUCUGAUAUGCUCAGUCAGGGAUGCUCAACAACUGUCACUUCUCCAUGCCUCCGGGAGGGCCUGAUAAUAGCUUCCUGGGGGGGGUCUGUGGAUGAUUCCUCAUGUCAGUAAAGGUCCCCUGGCUCUUAAACUGGGACUCAUAUAUUCUGAUGUAGCUACCAGAAUCUACAGACUUGCUCCUAGGACCCAAAGUCCAGCACAAAAUAAUAUUCCAGCAAAGAAAGUAGGACUUGAAUUAGGAUCACGUAGCUGGUGGAGAAUCCCUAUCCUAAAAGUAACUGCCUCCUUCCCAACCAUCCCUGAGACAUUCCAGCUACUUGGAUCCCCAGGCACACUAUCCAGAGAGGCUGGGAUGUUCAUUCAGCACCCUGUUACUUAGUUCCUCCAUGACCAGCCCUGUGCCCAAACCCACAAAUGGGAAAUGGAGGCAGGAGCAGACUUUUUCACUCCCAGAGCCUCUACCCUGGGAGACCAGGAUGGAGAACCAGAAGGACCUGAGAAUCAUCCAGUCUCAGCCUCUCAAAAUGCAAAGGAGGAAAGUGAAGCCAGGAGAAGAGGAAGAAACUGGCCAAGGCCUCAGAGUGAGACUAUUGCAAAACUGGAGCAAAAAUGAGGAGUCUUCACUCUCACCCCAGGACUGGUUGCUAUACAGAGAAAGGGUUUGACAGACCCUCUCCUGUUCCUGCUCUGAGCAAGGAUUUCUAGCCUGAUGCCAGAGAGCCCCACCACCCUAGGGUUGGCUGGGGUUGGACACUGAGCCAAGCCUCCAAAAUCAUGCACCUCUUGAUGGCCUAGAAACGCCUGCCCUCUGGGGAAACAGAUGGGGCUCUCAGGACCAGCCAGCUGGGCCUGGGACUUCUGCCUUUGCUGCCUCUAGAGAAAUUACCAAGGGAAACAUGCCUUGCCAGCAGUUCUGGACUGAGGGGAGUAGAGGCUUCCCCAGAGUGGUCUUUAACUUCCUGAUGGAUUCUAGGCUGUGGC